AUGCCCACACAGACGCAGCACCAGAAGGCCCUGGUCUUCUGCGAGUGGCCAGAGGUCCCUCAGCCACAGAGCACAGCCUAUAAAGUCAUGUACCGGUCAGCAAAGAGUAAAGACGGACGGGUGUGGGGUGUGGAUGCGGGCUGGCGUGGCUGCCUGGUGGACCUGGGAGGACUUUACGCUGGGCAGCCUGUUUGCUGGGAUGUGACCUUCAGAACGUCCCCACAGCUCAAGCAGGCCGAGUGGGCGCCGGACUUCGGCCCCAGCACCUUUGUGCCCAGCUGGGGGGCCACGGCCACGGGGGCCCGGAAGUUCCUCAUCGCGUUCAACGUGAACCUGCUCAGCACCAAGGAGCAGGCCCACCGCAUCGCCCUCAACCUCCGGGAGCAGGGCCGUGGGCAGCACCAGCCAGGACGUCUGAAAAAGGUUCAGGGCAUCGGCUGGUACCUGGAGGAGAAGAACCUGGCUCAGGUGUCCACAAACCUCUUGGACUUUGAGGUCACAGCACUGCACACGGUCUUUGAGGAGACCUGCAGAGAAGCACGGGAGCUGAGCCUCCCAGUGGUGGGCUCUCAGCUGGUGGGCCUGCUGCCUCUGAAGGCCAUCCUGGACACCGCGGCCUUCUACUGCGAGAAGGAGAACCUCUUCAUCCUGGAGGAGGACAACAGGAUCAGGCUGGUGGUGAGCCGGCUGGGCCUGGAUUCCCUGUCGCCCUUCAACCCUAAAGAGCGGAUCAUUGAGUACCUGGUCCAGGAUGGCCCGUCGGAGGAGCCCCUCGUCAGCAAGUCCCUGCGCGCCUUCAUCGGCGACGUGGGCGCCCGCUCGGCGGCCCCGGGGGGCGGCUCGGUGGCUGCGGCCUCCGCGGCCAUGGGCGCGGCGCUGGCCUCCAUGGCGGGCCUCAUGACGCACGGGCGGCGCCGGUCCGAGCACCUGGAGCCCGCGCUGCGGCGCCUCAUCCCGCCCUUCCACGGCGCCGCGGCCGCGCUCACCGCGCUGGUGGAUGCCGACGCGCGCGCCUUCGCCGGCUGCCUGGAAGCAAUGAAGCUGCCCAAGAGCACGGCUGAGGAAAGGGACAGGCGUGCGGCGGCCGUGCAGGAGGGGCUGAGGCAGGCGGUGGCCGUGCCCCUGUCGCUGGCGGAAAUGGUGGCCUCCCUGUGGCCAGCGCUGCAGGAGCUGGCCCUGUGCGGGAGCCUGGCCUACCGGUCGGACCUGCAGGUGGCAGCCAAAGCGCUCGAGACGGGCGUGUUCGGCGCGUACUUCAACGUGCUCGUCAACCUGAAGGACAUCGACGACGACGGCUUCAGGGACCAGGUCCGUCAGCGCAUCUCCAGCCUCCUGCAGGAAGCCAAGACCCAGGCCGCGCUGGUGCUGGAGAGCCUGGAGGCCCGGCAGGAGUGACCGCCACGGGGAGCCCCUCGCUGGCUCGGCCCCCACCCAGCAGCCGGGCAGCCAGCCCUCCCUGCCCGACGCCCGAUGGAGCCCGGCCUGGUGUGUGGGUGUGUUGGGGGUGUCGUGCCUCACCUGGACAUGAGUCACCUGGGCAUGAGUCACCUGGUUGUGUGUCACCUGGACAUGCAUUUCCCCCCUGCUGAGCACGUGGGAAGGACAGGUGGCUCCCAGACACGGCCGGUCUGCACGGGACGCAGAAGACGGAAACAAGCUGGCAGGACCUGACGGGCGUGGGAGAGACACCCCCUCCCCUCCACUGUCCCGACCCCGUCCCCCGCUUCUUGGCCCCGCCUGUGUGACGAACACGCCGUCCGGCAUUAGCGUCUCCUGAUCUUUAAAUGAAGGGCCUGUACGUUCCA